CUCGGCAGGCUCUUCAGGUCUCUAGUAUUAAUAAAGUCCAGUGGUUUCUCCCCACCAUGUAACCGAACCAUAUAAUCAUCGACGCACGAUGUUCAAGAGGUUCCGUCGUCGCGGUCGUUGCAGUAUCGACAAGGAUAAAGAAAAAAAGAAAGGCUUCUCAACGAAUGACAGCGCGCAAAACCGAUCACGCGGUCGAACCAAGAGGUUCGCUUUCGGGUCGGUGUCAGGGACCGUUUCGCGUGUGCGUGUAUUCUUGUAUGUGUGCGCCAGUAUCUCACAACAAAUAUGUCCGUCGUGGUGGGGAGUACGUUUUCCCGUUUGCCGUUUCGCAUAUUUCUUCCCCCGCAUUAUUAUCAUGUAGUUUGACAUAGGUGAACUCUUUGCGUGUUGUCUCUUUCGGGCACGGAAAAGUACAGGUGUUCGGAACGCGGGUGUAUGGUGGUGUAUGGUUUACACAUUGGAUCGACCGUUAAAGCCGAAGGAAGGAAGAAUUUUCUGCAUCGGGAACGCGAGACGAGGAUCGUUUCAUCGCUCGAUGAGAACGAUGCGCGAGUUAGUUCUCUUCCUCGGUAAUUAGAACGAUUAUUUAAUCAUGUUCAAUUCGCGAGGAACCAGAGAUGAUCGUGGGCAGCCAACGGCGUGAGUCUCGCGAUUAACGGACGGGCCUGACACGGAAAGACGGAAGGAAGGAAGGAAGGAAGAGGAGGGUAGCAGGGUAGCAAGAUGGCGGGGUCCUUAACGUGGUCGUGUACUUGUUGCCUGCGGUUCAAGUUCAGCCCCGAGGAGAUCGAGCAGCGUUACAAAAGUCAGGAGAUCGAUCGGAUGCUGGAGAAGGAUCGUCAAGCUCUUCGACGACAGGUCAAGCUGCUGCUCCUCGGGGCGGGCGAGAGCGGAAAGUCGACAUUCCUUAAACAGAUGCGAAUUAUUCACGGAAUUAAAUUCGAGCCUGAAUUAAUCAAAGAAUACCAACAUAUAAUUUAUCAAAACAUAAUUAAAGGAAUGAAGGUGUUGGUGGAUGCUCGUGACAAAUUAAAUAUUCCUUGGGAAAACUCUAAAAAUUAUGAUAUUGGUUACCAAUUACUGAAAUUCGAAAAUACUAUGGUACUAGAUGCUAGGUUGUUUCUCCAUUACGUACCAGCUUUGCAAAGCUUAUGGAAAGAUGCAUCAAUCAGAAAAGCCUUUGAUAGACGAAGAGAAUUUCAAUUAAGUGAUUCAGUUCAAUAUUUUUUGGACAAUCUUGACAGGAUUGCCAGAAUGGAUUAUGUACCUACACAUCAAGAUAUUUUGCAUUGUAGGAAAGCUACUAAAGGAAUUUCAGAGUUUGUUAUACAAAUUAAUAAUAUCCCAUUUUUGUUUGUCGAUGUUGGUGGACAGAGAUCUCAAAGACAGAAGUGGUAUCAAUGUUUUGAUUGUGUUACUUCUAUACUUUUUCUUGUGUCAUCAUCUGAAUUUGAUCAAGUGUUGUUAGAAGACAGGAGAACCAAUCGAUUAGAGGAAUCGAGAAACAUAUUUGACACGAUAGUUAACAAUAUGAUAUUCGGUGGAGUGUCUAUCAUUUUGUUUUUAAAUAAAACUGAUUUGUUAGACAAAAAAGUGAGAUCACCAGACACAAACGUUCGUUGGUACUUUCCAAAAUUCACGGGAGAUUCGCAUUCCAUGAAGGAUGUGCAAAAUUUUAUAUUGCAAAUGUUUGUGUCUGUCAAAAGGGACCCAAGAAAGUCACUUUUUCAUCACUUUACUACUGCCGUGGAUACAGAAAACAUCAAAAUUGUGUUCAAUGCUGUCAAAGAUACAAUUUUGCAUAGAAAUUUGGAAUCGCUGAUGCUCCAAUAAUGAUAAGUGUACAUAAAAAAUCAAACAACUUCCGAUCCGAAGGUAUGCAUUCAACAUUUAGUGUUUGGUACAUAGUAAAGUGAAAUUGUAGUUGAAAUAAGUAUUAGGACAUUGAUUAGAGAAGAAUGUUCUGGUAAGACAAUACCAAUGUGUGUGUACCUAUGUAAAUCACGUGAUUACUUCUGUUUAUAACGAUAAAUUAAACGUUUUCAUAAUAGUUUUAUACGAAGUAGUAGAAACUGCCUAAUGAAAACAUACAUUGAAAAUUUUUACUGUGUACAUAUAUGUAUGUAUACAUGUACAUAUCACUAUUCGUAUGUACAUGUAUGUAUACAAUAUACGUAUCUAUAAGACAUUUCCAUCCUUUUUUAUAACUAUUAAAAAGUUGUAAGAAGACUAGACACUAUUGUACAUAGUAAUUUGUAUUCUAUACAUUGUCCAUAAUAAUGGUUUUACAUAUUUGUAUAAAAAAGGAUCAGUUUGCUAAUAGUUUAGCCAAGAUUUUCUAUUUUGUACAGAUAUUUAAUCCAACGCUUCUUUUUUAUAUUAAAAUGUGUAAUGAAAAUGCUGGUCACGUAACCAGUCUUCACAAACAUAAGAGUAACUUAUUUUCUACUUAAGAUUAAUUAUCUUUGUUAACAUUGAAUUAUUAAGUAACAAGGAAACCAAAUACUAGAUCCAUGCCAUAUAAACCAAAUGAAACUAACCAGUUUGUGUUCAAAUUGCUGUGUGCAACAAAUGUAAAUUUUUAGUUACUGUUUUCUUCUUUAAUUUGAGUUCAGAAUUGCACACAGGGUUUCGAUAUUUCGCUAUGAUAACAUGACAUUUUGUACUUUCAUGUUCAUUAUGUUUUCGAUUCGUCGUUUUUGUACCUUUAAAUUGAUGUUCUGUUAUUUUCAGUUCACAAUAAAUUACAUUUUGUAAGCAGCUAUAAUUAAAAUUAAUAUAA